AUGGAUGAAAACUAUAACCUGGAAUAUACUUUUUUCUACUCAAGCAUUCCGUUCUUAGUCAUUGGAUUGAUGGGAAAUUUAUCAAUAAUACGAAUUGUUUGCAAACUACGGGAGAUGCACACGCCGACAAAUUAUCUUCUGGUUAGCAUGGCCGUCAGUGAUGUCAUCGCCAUUUUGUUGUGGCCUUUGCAGUUCUACGAAUUCUGGAAAGUCGUUUCCAAGUUAGCAGAGCUCAUUGAAGUCUGUAUACUAGUUUCCUCUUUUACUAUGACUGUUCUAGCGGUCGAGAGAUAUCACGCCAUAUUGAAGCCGUUAAGAAAUGGACUGUGCUUAAGAGAAGACAACGUCAAGAAGGCAAUCGCUUGCAUUUGGAUUGCAAGUUUUCUUUUAUGCCUCCCAGCGACCUUUUUCAAAGAAUGGAGCGAAACUUAUGAGACAUGUAUCGGUCCAUGGACUUUAUACUCGAAUCGAGGUAGCAAAGCUUGUGUGAUUUUAGAUGUAGUUAUAUCUUUUAUUCAACUAGUUAUUAUGGUAUACUGCUAUUGUUUCUUGAUAAGGGGACUUUACUUCGCCAACACAGUCUGUCCAGACACAGGUGGAGAAAGGAGUUCUGAGAAGAAGAAACUUGCUAUCACGUUCGUGUUGGUAACUAUUGGAUUUUUUAUAGGUUAUACACUAACCCUAGUUUCAUACGUGAUCAUUCCAUCAGGAGAUGAAGAGAUAGAUGUUAGUUUUUACGGUCAACUUACGGCUGUAGUGGAUUUUGUAUUCGUUGUAAGUUUAUGUUUCAACCCUUUUAUCUACGCUUUUCGCAGCACUACCUUUAAAGAAGGGUUCAAACAAGUAAUUUUAUGUAGAAAUCCCCAAAGACACGAUGAGAGUUGCUCAGCUUAG